AGCUGCUCACUGGGUUCUACAGUGCCGUAUGCGCCGUGUGCUGUGCCGUGUACUGCAGCCAUGGAAGGGAAAGUCUGCGUGGUGACCGGAGGUGGAAGCGGCAUAGGAGCCGCGUUGUGCCGCCGCAUGGCUGCGCUGGGUGCCAAGGUGGUGGUGGCGGACCUGCACGAGGAGACCGCCCAAGCGGUGGCCCAGCCCUUCGCGACCGCGCUGGCGGUGCGCUGCGACGUCGCGAAGGAAAUGGAUCUGCGACGCUUGAUUGCCAUCGCCGAGGCGUCCUGUGGUCCCAUUGACAUCUUCAUCUGCAACGCUGGAGUUCCUUCAAAUGGCGGCUAUGAGGUGCCGGACGACGAGUGGGAACGAAUCUUCAAGGUCAACGUGAUGCAACACGUUUACACCGCGCGGCACUUGUUUCCGCUCUGGCAACAGCGGUCAGGUGAAAAGCACCUGGUGAUCACCGCCUCCGCCGCCGGGCUCCUCACACAGGUGGGGGCACUGCCCUACAGCGUCACCAAGCACGCCGCAGUGGCCCUGGCUGAAUGGUUCCGGAUCAGCUAUGCGCAGUACGGGAUCCAGGUGUCCUGCCUCUGCCCUCAGGCCGUUGAGACGGGGAUGCUCCCGAAGGGCUCUGAUGGAGGAGUGGCAGGUGGUGAUGGGCUGCUGAAGCCCGAACAGGUGGCUGAGGACGUGCUACAGGCGAUGGCGGAGAAGAGAUUCUUGAUCCUCCCGCAUCAAGAGGUCGACAUGACGCGGACGUGAGGUGCUCACCUACUUUCGACGAAAGGCUCAGGACUAUGAGCGCUGGCUGAAAGGCAUGGGCAGGCUGCAGCAGACAUUUGGGGAGCUGCUGAGGCGCGCGCCGCCGACCUCCGCAGCGAAGCUCUAAGGCUCUGAGGAAAUGAAGGCUCAAAGGCAGCCAGUCACUCAGCGCAAGGUCGCAAGCGGAUGGCAAACAUUUGUGCCAAGAAAAGAGAUGCA